AGCUAGCUUGACAACACUCAGAGGAACUGGAGAACGGAGAGGAGGCACCCAGGCUAGGCAGAGUUGAGCAGCGGGGCGAGGGGCGAGGACGAAGACGAAGACGGGGGGAGGACGGGGCGGCCGCGGCGGCACCACGGAGGCUCACCGGGAUGUACAGUAAACACAGGCAGAAAAAUGAGCACAUCUCGCCGGCGGCGUGCGCCUCUCUGCUCUUGUUUCUCGCUUUGUUCUCGCUGAACGGCGCCCAGGGAAGAGCCAGCGGAGACGGGUUACAGAGAGGACGGACAGUGACGGCAAGAUGGCGCUCUCCGGGCCAAAACAAGAGGGACGCCGACAUCUCGGCUCAGGAUGAGCGGCCAAUCAGAGGGGAAAUUGCGCUCUCCUCCGCUGACCUCCAACUGGUGCUACGAGUGGAACACAACCGUGAGCUUUUGGGUCCAGACUUCGCCGAGACCUACUACACAGACGAAGGACAGCCGGUGACCGUGACCACAAGGAAUUACACUGAUCACUGUUUCUAUCACGGCGAUGUAAGAGGACAUCCCGAUUCCUGGGUGGCCCUCAGCGUGUGCUCAGGCGUCAGGGGCCUGAUAUCUUUGAAUGUCAACUCCACCUUCUACCUGGAGCCGCUGCCCGGCGCGGCUCCUCCUCAGCGCCAUUCCUUGCUGCCCGCGCAACACCUGGAAUUGAAAGGCGGAGACUGCGGCCACGGCCGUCGCAUGCCGCUGUCUGGCCACAUUGCCGACUUUCUCGCACCACAUCAUUUCAGGGUGAGUGUACCCCCCCCCCCCAAAAAAAGUCUCCGUAUAUUCUUAGGAGGCGUAACUCUCUUCUUUGCUGUCUGUAAACGGCUGCAGUUCAAACGACAGAAUCGGGACUAUGAGAAAAUCAAGACCAGGAUUAUGGAAAUCGCCAAUUACGUGGACAAGUUCUACAGGGCUCUCAACAUCCGCGUGCCACUGAUUGGCCUGGAGGUCUGGACCGAGCGGGACCAGUGCAUUGUCACCGAGGAGCCCAACGCCACCCUCUGGUCCUUCCUGCAGUGGAGACAGAAGCUGAAGUCGCGCAAGAAGCACGACAACGCCCAGCUGCUCACCGGCGUGAUCUUCAAGGGGACAACGAUCGGGAUGGCACCGCUGGAGGGCAUGUGCAGUCUGGAGAACUCCGGAGGGAUCAAUGUGGACCACUCGGAGCUGUCCAUCGGCGCGGCCGCCACCAUGGCCCACGAGAUCGGCCACAACUUCGGGAUGAGUCACGACCACGACGGCUGCUGCGCGGAGGCCACCGCCGAGCAGGGGGGCUGCGUCAUGGCCGCCGCCACCGGGCAUCCGUUUCCGAGGGUGUUCAGCCAGUGCAGCAAGCGCGACCUUGACGGCUACUUCCAGAAGGGAGGGGGCAUGUGUCUCUACGACAUGCCCGACAUGAAGGACCUGGUGGGCGGGAAAAGGUGCGGCAACGGCUUCGUGGAGGAGGGCGAGGAGUGCGACUGCGGCCAAGCCGAUGAAUGCACCAACGACUGCUGCAAUGCCAAUAAUUGCACCCUGAAGGAAGGGGCUCAGUGUGCCCAUGGAGUGUGUUGCCAAGGCUGUAAGGUAAUGCAAACACACACACACACGUACGCACGCACGCAGCUUCCAACGGUAAGUAUCAGUGGCGCACUCUGUUUUCCAGGCGCCCGUCCAGCCCACGACGCCUGUUUCGGAGACGUCAACGCCGCAGGAAACGCUUUCGGGAACUGCGGGAAAGACGAGCGCGGCAACUAUGUCAAGUGCGCAAAAAGUGACGCCAAAUGCGGGAAGAUCCAGUGCCACAGCGCCGCCAAAAAGCCCAAAGGCACCAACGCCGUGUCCAUCGACACCACCAUCAGGACGGGGGGCGUCGAGGUCAAGUGCCGCGGCACCUACGUCUACAGCACUCAGGACGGCCAGGGCGACCUGCCCGACCCCGGCUUGGUCAUGACGGGCACCAAGUGUGGCGAGGGCAAGGUGUGCCGCGACCGCCGAUGUCAAAACGCAUCCUUUGGCGAGCUGGAGACUUGCAUGUCACGCUGCCAUGGCAACGGGGUGUGCAACAGCAACGGCAACUGCCACUGCCAUCGAGGUUGGGCGCCCCCGUACUGCGAGAAGCCGGGACUCGGCGGCAGUGUGGACAGCGGGCCUGUGCAGUACGACAGUCAGGUGGGCUUGGUGGCGGGCCUUUUGUUUGCCUUCCUGGUGGUCCUGCCCGGCGUGCUGCUGCUCUUCUACUGCUACCGGAUCAAGACCUCCUACUUGCACAAGUGGCUCGCGCAGAGAGAGAAGAACAAGAGCAACAAGAUGGAGACGGAGAAAGCGAAGAACAGCCACCUGAAUCCUGCCUUUCACCUGAAAGUGGUCGGCCCAAUCAGCAAAGCCAGCAGCCACAAGGGGCUCUCUGCCACCAGCAAAGAGGUUCUUCCUCUCCGACCAGACUCUGCGGCUGCUGGCAUCCAGCCGGUCAACAUCGUGCGGCCCCUGCGGCCCGCCCCCUUCACGAGGGACGUCAAGGGGCCCCGGCCGCCCCUCUCGUCCGCCCCACGGCCAUCCACGCAGCAACUGAGCCCGCCCAAGAAGCCCCUUCCCCUCAACCCUGCGCGAUCACCACCACCGCCCAGACCGUCACCCUUGCCCCCCCAGAGGCCCCUCCCCCUCAGUCCCACCAGAGGAGGCUCCCCAGUGAGGGUGCUCACCCCGAAACCGUCGCAGAGCCUGCGGGUCGUGAUGCCCACAGCCGGAGGACUCAAACCUGCGGGCAGAGUGUCCGGCGUCCCCCCUCACAGAGCUCUCAGACCGGUGCCAGGUGCCAAAGCGGACGCGACGUCGCCUCCGUUUUGAAGACGGCCUUCCUCUUCUCCCUCCAAGCCAUUUUCUGUGUUGCUCAACUACCGAGCGGUGCCGGCACAGGACGGCGUUUUGACGAAAGCGACGGGUCGGCGCGCUGGAAACAUUUGGCACAUUUGACGCAGUUUUGCACGGAGGUCUCGCAGACUGAGAUGGAGCAGCACCACAAUUUUUGCCAAAAUCGUUUCUUUUAAAGUCUUUUUUUUUUUUUUUUUUUUUACAUUCUUUGUACGUGCAAAAUGUCAUCGUGUUUACAAUUUGUCGUGGAUUUGUGUUCUGUGCCAAAGAGGUCUCUCCAUGCUUGGGGAGGGGGUAUCCAGAAUUGCUUCAAAAUCCUCAUCACAAGUCCACUUGUCAAUGGAAAGCCGUUUGAGCAGUUAGAGGGCAAGGAACGCACUCUUCCAUGGACCAUAAGAUGGAUCUCAAGGAUACGGAACAAACGCUCAAAGAGUCUCAAGCCAGCCGCUCACCGACCAACAAGUACCAUACUUAAUCUUGAUCAUCUCGGUGAGAUGAGAAGAUUCCAAAUAUGAUUUGGGGACUUCGGUGUAGUCGGUGUGUGUACCAGGUUAGUCACACAGGUUAGACUGUGGCACCGUCUAGUUCAAGUCGCUUGGUGUAUGGCUGGUUUGUGAUCCCUAACUCAGAUGCCUCUUUUCAACACUGUUUACAUGUUGAGCGAGGACUUGAUGCAACCCCGCCGCCCUCUCCGUUAAGCCACAUACUGAAAUUCAUGUGAAUGUCUUUUGCUUUGUGUCACCAUUUUUGAAAAAUUACAUAAAAUCUUUUUUACAAAAUGC